UUCAUUUCAGUAUUGUUUAACUUUCUCUCUGUUUUGUUUCCUUAGAAAACUUAUAUCUAAAAACAGAUUGUGACGUAUUUGUCUGUCACAUUUCAUGCUAGAACCAGUUUUGAUGUAAUCGUCAUUAGUUAUUCAGGCUGUCAAAAAGUCCCCGGUUAAUCAUUUAAUUGUCCGUCAUUCCUUCAUAUUUACAGCUGUUUUCCACUGCCCCACCUCUUGGAUAAAACGUUGUUAUUGUUGGUGAAUUCUUAAACACACCUUGAGGCAGUGUUGUUGUUGUUGGUAAUGAAUGUGCUCGUAAUAGCUGUGUCAUGUCAGGAGAAUAGAAACUGAAAGUUAUGAAGGCAGAGAAGGAAAACGAAUGUGAAGUAAAGGGGGCGGUGUUGAUCAGCUGAGGCAGACUGUAUAUAAACUGUGGGAGCUGAAACCUCUGACACAGCUGCUCGUAACAAUCAUCUGUUUGAUUGUCACCUUUGUCAAGACUUCAAGAAGUUUUCCUGAAGAUUUUACAAACGAGAUCACAAGGCCACUUUCAUGAUGGAUAUAACCAUUAAAAUGCUGGAUGGGAGGUUCCACACCCUGACGGUGAACCCACAGGACACAGUGAGCUCUCUGAAAAGACUCAUCCACGAGAAACUUGGAGUUUCCCCUCAGAGACAGAAGCUGGUCUUUGUGAACUGCCAGACGACUCAACUCAACGACGACUCAAAGCCUCUCUGCUACUACGGUCUACAGUCUGGAUCCAUGGUGUCUCUGCUGGUUACCCAGCAGCCGGAGACCAUCCAGGUGUUCCUCAGCAACCUACAGGGGCAGAAGAGCACCUAUGAUGUCAGACCCAAUGAGACUGUGAGGAACUUCAAGACCAAGGUCCAGCAAAGAGAGGGGGUUCCGGCGGACCAGCAGAGGCUCCUUUACCAAAGCAGACAGCUGGAGGAUGAUAAAAAUCUCUCAGACUACAACAUCAAGGCUCUUGACACCAUCAACAUGACCGGGCGUCUGAGAGGAGGCUGAGGACGUUUCUGCAUCAUAUAUCAGAGACUUCAUACACUGUACAUUCCUUAAUUUCACAAAAAUUAAAAUGAAAUCCUCCCAAAUGUCAUAUUUAUUAUUAUUUAUUUGUAUUUUCAUUUGGAAAAAGUAAACAAAACAUUCCCCUGAUGUGUAAUUCUGUCAUAAAAACCUUUUGACUUGAUGUUAUUUUGUUUUUACAAUACAAAUAUGUUGUACACACAACCUGGCAUGUUGUAAUCUCAUUUGGAAAAAAAAUGAUGUUUUAUUUUUGUCAACUGGAAACUUUUCAAUAAAAUAAAAAAAGUCCCAAAUGUAAA